AUGGAAAAGAUUGUUACCAAUCGACUUUUGAUAAAGAGUCAUUUGGAAACAUUGUUAUAUGGAAGAGACUCGUUGAGUAGCGAAGAUGUUAGAAAGGCCUUGACUCAAAAGGACAUUAUUGAUUCUCAAUUUGCUCAAAUGGAGUCUAAAGAUUCCAAUGAUGCUUUGAUUGUUAAGGAGUCAAAUAAGAACAAAAGAAGCAUGACUUGCAACUUUUCAAAACAAUCCGAUGAAAGCAAGUCCGCAAAAUCUAGUUCCGCCGAAGUUAGCUAUGUUGAAAGUGAGGAUUAUGAUGUUGGUGCUCUUGUUGUUACUAGCGAAUACAAGGGUGAUGAUUCUUGGAUUUUGGAUUCGGGAUGUUCGAGACACAUGACUUUUAACUUUAGUUUCUUCUCAACUAAUCAAAAGGUUGAUGGAAGAAAAGUCACUAUGGACAAUGAGGCUAGUUGUCCGAUACUUGGUGUAGGAGAUGUUAAAUUUAUCAUGUUUAAUGGUGUUGUAAGAACAUUGACCGAAGUCCUUUAUGUUCCAGGUAUGAAUAGAAAUUUAAUUUCCCUUAGUAUUUUGGAUAAAGAAGGUUUUAGAUGCAUUGGUGAAGGUAGAGUUUUGAAGCGCGAUGAUGAAGAUGAUGAUACUUCUUUAAGUAAUGAAAGUUCGAGAAUAAUUCCAACAUACCCCAAUAAGUCCAUGGGAUGUAUGGACUUGAUUGAAUUAGAGCAAACGAAAAUGGUGAAUGUUUGUGAAGGUCAGACGAAACUGGAUAUCAAAGGAGUUUCAGCUAAAAAAUCGGUCAACAAGAUUGAGAGGGAAGGAACUGUUGGUGAAAGAGAUUCCUCUCUUCAGGGUCCAAAUAUAAGUGAAAUGGGUUCUGCCGCUGACUUGUAA